AUGGAGGAGGCUCCUUUGACUUUGGCGCAUUCGCACGCGCGCAAAGCAGCUGCCGAAACAUCAAAGUCACAUCUUGCUGUCGCUGCUACCGAACACCUCGCCGCCGCUGAGCAAUACGCCAAAGCCCAACCUUCGACAUCCGAUCCAGAGGCCGCACGUAUCCUGAAGCUCUUGGAAGAGCACCACCGUCAGCUCGCCAAGAUCAUUCGCUCGAAACACACCAUCGCAAAAGCCGUACAAGAUGCACAACUAGUCGAAUCCUCUGAGCCUGACGCCUCAGCAUCCACCGCCUCAUCCCCUGCCGUCCCUUCAACCCUACUUCCGCCGCCCACCGCUCGUAUACACCCGUCGCGGCGUGAAUCCUCACCCGCCCUUGCAAAAGAAAUAGCCACCCGCAGAGGCAUACCACAACAGCCAUCUUCGCUCAAUCCUCGCAAACUAGCCCCUUCGACCAGCCCAUCUACUCCUUCCGUCGACCGCCGUGCUCCUCCGUCUACCACCAGCUCCACUACCUCAGCCCAGCCAAGAGACCAAGACGAUGGCUUCUCCCGCUUCUACUCCAAUUGGACCACUGGUCCCCUCUCUCGCCUGUCGUCCAUGCUUGCUUUCACCGCCCUUCCUCUAACAGAUACACCCGAGCCCGACUCACCCACCUCGUCCCACCAUCAGAAGACAAGCGCUCGAGCCUCGAACGAUCCCGAUGUCAAGUCUCUCAUCUCGCCUGCCGCCUUGCACGCUUUGCAACAACAUGGUCACAUUGGUCCCGGAGAGAGCUUUUACGUUAUACCUACGAGCGGUGGCACUGCUUCCUAUGCAAACAUCGUCACACGUGAGCAGCGUAUUACUCGUCGCCAUCACCUCCCCAACAUCAGCGAGGAUGAUCCCACCGAAUUUGUCGAUGCACAAGAGACACAGCCUGCAAAACAGCCAAAUCGCGGCUUAAUCUCUGAACGAGAGGAAGAACUACAACUUCAGAACGACACGCUCAAGCAGGCUCUUGACCAAGUGAGCCACCGAUUGCAGGCAUUCGAGUCGCAUGCUCAGGAUGCUUCGAUGGCUGCUUUGACACACAGUGUGGCAAGCGUGCGGACAGCCCACUCUGCUGCUCCUUCCAACACAUCGAGACAGUCAGAUGACGAGCUGCAGGCUGCUCUGAAAGAGAUAAAGAGACUUGAGCAUGAUAAUGCCAAGUAUCGGGCAUACUACACCAAGCUGAAGGACAGUGCAAAAGCGAGGAGAGCCGAGCCCAAGAGCUGA